AUGGACAGUGUGUAUAAGCUCUCCCCCACAGAAAGGAUACAGCUGUUGGAGAAGGAGCUGGCGGUGAAGCUGAGUGAACUGAAGACUGAGUUGGAAGAACAAGGGCUCCCGGGAACAGCCAACAGGGUCUUCAGCUCCGUUCAGAUACCAAAGGAUGUGGCUCACUUUAGACGCGAACGGGAAGCGGCUCUGAAGAGAACCCUCCAGGUGGCUGAGUCCAAGCCCCUUGUUAUUCAGGCAGAUGUCCAGAAGAGGGAGCUAGAGAGCUGCCUACGGAGAGAGUACACGCCGGAAAACCUUCCUCUGCUUCUGUUGCAGUAUUACACAGAGAGAAUUACGCAGCUGGGCCAGAGUAAAUAUUUGCACAUGCUGAGGUGGAAGAGGCUCUGCCAGACCAGUAAGACCAUGGAAGAACUCUACCCGAUUUACAAGAAGCAAGUUGACUACAUCAUACAGGAGUUCAAUGAUUCAGUUCAGAGAGCAGAAAGACUGUCCGUCGCUAGAGAAAACUUCCUUAUGGGAAAAAACAACCGUCCUGACCUUGUGACUCUGGAAGACCUGGCGAUUUACACCAGGUGGCUAGUGUGCCACCUGCACGCUCUCAGCACCAUUCACCACUACCUGCAGGCCCUCCAGUAUUUGCCCGUCUCCAAAGAGCUGAGUCUAGCUGAUAAGCAAGUCUCUGGAUUUACUGAGGGAAAUGGAAAAGUCUGUGUCACCGACCUUAAUGCUGCAUCUCCUGGUCCUCUGGAUCCCAGUGGUUCAGGGCCAGGGAGAACAGAUGCUGCGUUUGUCUUGCCUCAGCACGUGACAGACAGGGAUGAUCUAACACCUCAGCUGAGGCGUCUCCUCUUACAUUUCCACAUCCCGUAUGAUGUGCGAAAGUUGAGGGACUCAGUCAACGAGAUGGAACUCUUUUCCUCGGUUUCUCAAAACUUCCAAAGCAUCUUCAUGGAGCAGCAGAGGAUGUGGACCUUCCCAGACUAUGAGGCUGGGAGAGGUGAAGGGCAGAACCAGAUGAUGUCAGGACCCACAACCAGCCUGAAAAAGAGAGCCACCUGGAUUCCCUUUGUGAAGGUCAAACCAAAAUGUGAUCCUUGGCAAAAGAAGAUGUUGACCAGACUCAAAGAGCAGAAAAGAACAGACGAGCUAAUGAUCCUCCAGUCAAAAGUUUUGAAGAUUUCUGAGCCCUCGCGAGUCAUGCAAGCACUCCAGGACCACGCUGCAAAGACAGUGCCUAUGGCCCUGCAUCACCCAUCCCUCCAGACUUCUCAGGACCAGCAUCCGCGCAACUAUGACCAAGUCUGGCAGAAUAUUUAUAGCAACCCCAAGCUCUACCAGGAAGACAACCUUUCAGUGGAGCCAUGCGAUGAUGACCUUGCAAAACCACAUCUCAGCCAGAGUUCUGAUGGCUCUCCCAAGCAGAAAACAGAGCCAGGAUACAGUUAUGCCAUGGCUCUGCAACUGCUGGGCUUGAGUGACGGGACUGAGCCCGACAGGAAUCCCGUCCUGAUGAGAGGGGCCUACUUAUCCUUCCUGUGUCUGCGCCACCUGCACAUCCGGGAGCUACAGCGCAUCUGUUUAGGAGUUCUUAACUUCUUCAGGUCAGUUGAGCGGACUUUGACAAUGAACACUUCAGGCCUUACCUUGCUUUCAGGAACCCUGGUCCCCACUCUGGGAGAUAGCUCUUGGGUAAAUAUAUCACAAGGAGGCUUGGGCACCUUGCAAGGCCUAGGAGCACAGCACUAUGUCCAUGGGACACCGGCUGAGUACACGGUCCGUAACAUCCAAUUCCUGGAGUUCUCGGAAGUUGAGAACCAGGAUGACUUCCACAGCACACAAGCUGGCUGCAUCCACACUCAGGACCAGCGCGGCGUAUAUGUCGUGUAUGACUGUGCCCUGCAGGACUUGAAGGAACUGGAGUCAGAGCUGCUGCUCAUCGCUAGUCAUUACAUUGAGAAGGAAAAAAGUCACAGACAGGUCAGCCAAUCAGAGGGCAGCCAGCUCCUGGGCUGGGCCCAUGCAAACGUGGACCGAUUUGCCGUGCUGUAUGACCUGUGGACCUGCGAAGCAAAUCUUCUGGAAGGCAAACGCCAGCUUCUCGAUAGUUACUUUGAAGCAUACCAGCAUACUUUGGACCCGGAAGAACGGUUUGCUUUAGCACAAGCAAUGACUGACAUUAUGCACCGUCGCCCCAAGUUUGAUCUCAGCCAAUCGUAUUUCACUAAGGCCUACCAAGAUGACUGCACCUGCCUGAGGCUUCACCUGCAGCUGGUGAGGGGCAUCCUCCGCCACCACCUGGAGCAGCAGCAGGAGUAUGUCCAGAGGCUCUGGCGAGGGGAUCAUCCCGAGGCUCACAAAACAUUUGGACUUCCCCUGAACACAAUUUGCAAGCAAUUUGUUUCCAUCGGCGACAGCUGCCCGGCUUCAGAAAAUGUUCAUCUGCUGGAGUUUCAUCCUUCCCUGGGCCUGGUUGGACUCAUCCCCAAAGCUCUGGAGCACCUGUCACGGGAGGCUCGCCACGCCCACAAGGUUGUGUCAGCCAGCGGGCUCGCCCAGCUGGAAAUACGCAUCUUACAGCUUGCCCUGGACCUGUGGCUCACCCCAGCCAAGCCGGAGGCCUUGUACAGCGCACAGCUCCAGAGAGAUCUCUUUUCAGCUAAAGUGAUGGGUGACCCCUUUCUCGUGGAAGAGGUGGGCCUGCUUGCGCUCAGGUCUGCAGUGGACAAAGAACAGAAACAAACGCUGCUCCUGGACACGUUUUCCAGACUUUUGGAACUCCUGACCCUCCGUCACCGGCUGAUAGAAAUGAGCAUGGAGAGUGCACACUUGGCUGGGCUAUAUAAGGAAUUGGCACGAGAGAUGGGUUUUGAAGAAUCCCAUUUGCAUCUGAGACCGGUUCACUUUGAGUUUGCAUCACACAAGGACAAGGUUGACCCACCCCCGCCUGUCUUCAUAACUUCUCUGCUGGAGGACAGCAGUCGGGUAGACAGAUACUGCCCCACCUCCCUCGUCUUAGCCAUCUCUGAGCUGGAUGCCAACCAAACCGGCAAGUUCAGUUUUUACACAAAAGAAGCCGUCCUCCAGCUCUUGAUCCACUCAGGAGUGGAAAAUAUGCAAGUGACCCUCGCAUGCCAAACUGCCCAGAAAAAUGCUUUGAUGGUGGCCAUUCAGCAAGCGUUCUUCUAUUGCAUCCCUGGAGCAGCCGGCCCUGUUGAUAUCAAGGAAACAAGGCCAGACCAGAGACAUCAUGGUGGAAAGAGUCCAAGCAGAGGAGAUUUCAGAACUGCAAAUGGCAAAGAGUGCUUGCUGUUAAGCCCGACUCUGAGCGCCCCAGACACCUUCACUCAUGCUUCAGAAGGAUUUAAGACUUCCAAGAGGGCUCCAGAGGUCUUCGUGUCUAUUCAACUAGAAAAGGCGGGUUUGAGGGACGUGAUGCUGAACACCUUCCUGCACAGGAAGCAGACAAUGAUGGACCAGAGAAAGAGCCCCGAUGACUUUGAAAAAGUGAAGAAGGAACUAAUAGUUGAAUAUUGCCAAAAGUUGAACCGCCGCAUGUCUCAUUCUUCCCUUCGGGGUCAGAUCAUGGCCUACUGUAAUAGUCUGAGAGUUCUGCUUGACGACUUUCCUACUAUCAGAGACACCUUCUUCAUGGUGGGACAACCAAAUGAAAAGAAGGGAUUGCAGGACUCCAGUGGGGAGUUCAAGGCGGACUCUUCUAGACAGUUUCAGCCUCGACCUAGAAGUCUGCUGUCUGCUGAUGGAAGAGUCUUCCUCAAUUUAUGGUUUAUUCCCCAUCCGUCUGAGGUGCUGUUUAUGUUCAAAACUCUGCUGGAAGAGGAAGCGUUUAGAGCUCUAAAACUGACUCUGCAGCUCGUAGCUCCUCUCCACGACAUUGUAGCCUACAUUUUCAGUUUUGCCAAACUUGGCAAUUGCCCAGCACGCUUCGACAUUCCUCUAAGUCCAAACCCUUUGAGGCGGGACUGGGGAGGAGCCGAGGGCAUUGGGAUUGAACUUCAAGAGCUGCAGAAAAUGAUUGACAGUCUCCAGAGCCCCCAGGACCCGAGCCAGGUGGCCCAGGCCCUCCUCCUCCGCAGGGAGGUGAUGCUGCUGCAGUUCGAUGCAGCCGUGCGACAUCUCCUCCGAACAUUUUUGGCAGCGGGAAAUGUUCCCGCCUACCAGUCUGUCGCAGAUGGUGCGUGCUAUGGUUUGCCACCACUCAGCAGCUCCCUCAGGAAGAGCAUCUUUUCUUCCCAGCUCAGCCUGCCCCAGCCGCUGGAUCCUCGGAGCCUCCAGGAGCUUGUGCUAUUCCCGUGGAGGGCGUUCCUGGAAGAUGGUGGACCAUUUCCUGUUAUAAGCAGCAUCCCGGGCACCCUAGAGUAUGAGAUGCAGAUGUGUCUCUGUGGGCUAAGUGACCGUGACCUCGAAGUGGCCCAUGGAGAACUGGUGGGUGUGCAGAUGCUCCUGGGAGAUGUACGGCUGGGCAGCUGUCACGUGACCAGGAAGGCUGCUACUGAAUGGCAAGCAGCACUGGACAACACACAGCCAGACUGGUCCAAACUGUCAGGACUCUGCCCAAAUCAGUUGGGAAGUCACCCAAAGGACUCUGCUUUGCUGGAAGGCCCAUGUGAUGUAGUGAUGUCCCUGGCUCUGCUGAAAUCCUUCCUCAUCUUGUGGAAGCAGCUGGAGGUGCUGAAGGAACAUUGGGGCCGACUCAAGCUUCAGGGGCAGGACAUCAACUCUGCCCCGCUCCACAGACAGUUCUCAGAGCUCUAUGAAGCUGACAUCGUCUACCCCAGCAUGAAAGCUCUAGCCAGGCAGAUGGGCAAAGAAGAUGAAUUUGAAGAACUUAUAAUAAGAAACCAGUCUAUCCUUCCCCCAAAGGGAGCCUCGGAAAUUGAAAUAAAAAGUCAGCAGCUUCAGAAACUUCUGGAAAGUUUACAAAUUCACAUGAUCCAAGAAGUAUUGAGAAAAGUUAAUAGAGAGAUGACACUGUUCCUAUCAGAAAAGUCCAAGGAGGAGUCUACCCUCCCAACAGAUCUUUGGAAACACCAAGUCAUGAAAGAAAACUUUUCAGUUGUGAGACCCCAGAUAGUCGAGAGAUUUGUACAGAGGCUAAUGGAGAAUUCCCAAGACAACGGACCCGAGAUCACUUUCCGGCGGGAGCACCUUGAAGCCUGCCUCCUCUCCUUGGGCUGUGAUGUGAUGGCAAGAGAACGCAGCAACUUUGAGACCUACUCCAUGUGUUAUGAGCAUGUCCUGCAGCAUGUCAGGCAGAAGCUUAGCCAGAAGGAGCAGGAGGUGGACUUGCUACGAAGAAGUCAAGCUCCUUCUGAAGACUGUGCUGGCCAGAUUGCAGAGCUCAGUCAUGACAUGAUUAUGGAAAUCACUGCUCUGAGAGCCCAGCUCACAGACCUGGAAGAGGAGAAUCUGAGUCUGAAAAUCCAGAUUAGAAAAGAGGUCCAGGAGGAGCACAGAGAAUUAGUGCAGGCUUUGUUUAUGACCUGCUUACACAUAAAGGAGAAGCUGGAUGAGAAUCAGUUUAAUUUGAUCCAGAAAGUAUGUGAGCUCAUUGGUGAAGUGAGAGCUGAAGGGAUUGCCAACGUGAAGCAGCUAAAGAAAGCCUGGGGCUCUGCCAGACCUGAGGGGGAAACAAAAGAGAGCACAGCCAAAGAGCAGCUGUGUGCCUUGGAGCAGGACAGCAGCAACACCCUGGCUGCUCUACUGUGCAAAGCACGGAGCCUGGGCCACUGGCGGCUGGCUGUGCAGCAGGCACACCUCAGAGGUCAGCUGAGCAGGGCAGAGAAGGAGUCUAUUCACAGCAAAAAGGAGUGCUUGAGAAUCAAGCUAAUGGCGGAGCAAGAAGUGGCUUUACUUCAUCAGCAGCUCCGGGCUUCGAGGCAAGCCCUGAGCAAAGCUCAGACUGACAACAGGAAGCUGCGGUGGCAGAAUGAUACCCAGGCUCAACUGCUGAGGGAGUUGGAACACAGAGUGACUCAAGACUCUGUCACUCGACAGCAGCUGGAUAUCAUAAAAACAUCUCGCAUGGAGAAGCUCCUUAAAGACUUGGAGCAAAAAGAACAAAAACUUCAGCUCCUGACAGAAGAGGCCGAGCGGGCUUCAAAGCGAGGCCAGCUGCAGCAGAAGAAGAUGGACAGAGACCUGAGGCAGAUGAGAAGCCGGCUUGCUCGGGAACGCAGUGUGAAGCUGGAUGCCUUCCAGCGCGUGCAGGAGCUACAGAGUCAGCUUCAUGACACCAAGCAGCCCUCAGUCCAGAUGGGCUCCCCAGUCGGGCUUAGAUCCCGGACCCACUGCUCCCUAAGUUCUGCUUCAACAUUGUCAAGAUAUUCUCACCAACAUUUUUCAAAGACGCAUUUUAUGGGCAGUAAAAUGACAAGAAGGAUUCAAAGACCAAAGACUGUACCAGUUAAGCAUGACAGAGGGACUGAGGAUGGUUCUCUACCCAGUGUGGCAGAAAAUGUUCAACUUGCAACUUUACAAGCCAAAACAGCUCCAUCUGGGAUUUCAUUCAGACCUGAAAGCUUUUCUUCCUAGUGUGUGACAGUCAGCCCUGAAGGACCGAGAUGAACUCAUCUUGAGUGUCCCUCCCUCAUGAAGCCAGCUUUGGUCCCAGAUCUGAAAGCAUUCAGGCUUUGGUUUGCAUUCUACAAGCUGUUUCUGGCUACUGGCAGCCCAGCAGUCUCUCUCAGUUUGAAUUUUGAGUAACAAGGUAGGGAGGGAGGGUCAUGAUAGUGGACUUUAGUGCUGACUUGUCUUUACUAAGACAUGAAGACCCAGGACUGGAAAGCUGGCUUAUCUGGUAAGAGUGCUGGCCCCUCCCAGGACCCCUGUUUAGUCCCAGCUCCUACCUGUAACUCUAGUUCCAGGGGAUCUGAUGUUCU